UGGCAUUGUACUGAAUUUGAAAAAAUAUAUAGACAUUCAUAUUUUCCUCUCCAAAAAUAAGUAGAAAUAAUUUUCAAUAAGAUUUUUAAAAUAAUUUUAUGAAAAAUUACUGCAGUAUUGGCAAAAUUUAUACCACAGCCUUUUAGAUUUAUUUCAGAUAAUCUCCGUAUGCACGUGCACGCUACACUUUCUUGUGAUCGUGUGUGAGGUUAGCAAGCAUUUCAAUAUUUAUUUCUGAAUCACAUGCAAUGUUUUAAUAUUUUUAGAUUUUAAUAGAAGGUUUAGAAUCUAACAAAUAAAUAUGUCUUUGAAAGAGAAAGUUUUACUUAGAAAAAUCAGAAAGCGGGAGAAAAAUAAGUUGAAUAUUCUCAAGAAAAAGGAAGACGAAACAAAGCUUACAGUUGAGGAUGUUGCUAUUCCAGCUGCAAGCAGCAGCUUGACAACACCUGAUGUCAGUGCUCCUGAAAAGAAAAGGAAAAGGAAGAAAAAGAAAGGAAGACAUGAAAAAAUGGAAGAGGAAGAUGGUAAUGAGGAGAGUCCAACCACAAAUGAGAACGGCGGUGAAGGGGAAAAUGCUCCGUUAGAUGAAAGUCAAUUGCCUGGCUCCUCAAUCGCUCUAGGCAUAUUGAGCGAUUCCUCCUUUUCAACUUUGGAAGGAAAAGUGUCUGAAGGACUAUUGAAGGCCAUUGAAGAUAUGGGCUUCAAAACAAUGACAGAGAUCCAAGCUAAGGCAAUUCCUCCAUUGUUGGAAGGAAGAGACAUAGUGGGUUCUGCUAAAACUGGAUCGGGAAAAACUCUGGCAUUCCUUAUACCAGCUAUUGAGCUUAUCACUAAACUCAAAUUCAUGCCACGAAAUGGAACUGGAAUUAUAAUAAUUUCUCCUACUAGAGAAUUAUCUAUGCAAACAUUUGGAGUUUUGAAGGAACUCAUGAAAUACAACCAUCACACGUAUGGACUAAUCAUGGGUGGAGCAAAUAGGAAAGCUGAAGCUGAAAAAUUGUCAAAAGGUAUAAAUAUAAUUGUUGCCACUCCGGGAAGACUCCUUGAUCACCUCCAAAACACACCGGACUUCCUUUAUAAAAAUCUCCAGUGUUUGAUUAUCGAUGAAGCUGACAGAAUCCUUGAUAUUGGUUUUGAAGAGGACUUGAAACAAAUCAUCAAUCUUCUUCCAAAGAGGAGGCAAACAAUGCUGUUCAGUGCUACAAAGACACCGAAAACUGAAGCGUUGACAGCAUUUGCGUUGAAGAAAGAGCCCAUCUAUGUUGGCGUGGAUGACACAAAGGAAAUGGCCACAGUUGAAGGAUUGAAACAGGGCUAUGUGAUUGUGCCCUCGGAGAAACGAUUUCUACUCCUCUUCACAUUCCUCAAGAAGAUUCGAAAGAAGAAGGCAAUGGUAUUUUUCAGCUCCUGUAUGGCUGUCAAAUUCUAUUACGAGCUGUUGAACUACAUUGACCUGCCAGUUAUGUGCAUUCAUGGCAAGCAAAAGCAAGCAAAACGAACGACAACAUUUUUCCAGUUUUGUAAUGUGGAGUCGGGAAUUCUACUUUGUACUGAUGUCGCAGCCAGAGGUCUCGACAUCCCAGCAAUUGACUGGAUUGUUCAAGUCGAUCCUCCGGAUGAUCCUAAGGAAUAUAUUCACAGAGUUGGUCGAACAGCCCGUGGCGAGGGGGGCAGAGGCAGUGCCCUUCUCAUACUGAGACCUGAAGAGCUCGGUUUUCUGCGCUACCUCAAGCAAGCCCGGGUGCCCUUAAAUGAAUUCGAAUUCUCAUGGAAUAAAAUUGCUGACAUCCAACUGCAGCUGGAAAAGUUGGUGUCGACAAACUACUACCUGAACAUGUCGGCGAAGGAAGCAUUCAAAGCGUAUGUGAGGGCUUACGACAGUCAUCACCUGAAGACCAUCUUCGACAUUGACACAUUGGACCUGACCAAGGUGGCCAAGUCAUUCGGAUUCAACGUACCCCCUGCCAUCGAUUUGAAAGUGAACGCCAGCUCAAGACCAAGGAAAAGAACUGGAGGUGGAGGAUACGGAUCUUUCAAGAACAUGAAUCAGGAAAGAAAGAAAGCAAAAUAUGUCAAUAUAAGUUGAUUUUGUGCGUUACGGAAUGUUAAAAUAUUUUACUUAAUAUAUUUCUUAUAACAAA